AUGUUUAUAUUAUUAUUUCUAUUAAUUAUCAACAAAAUAAUUUUUGUUGAGGGUAACAACGAUAAUUCUUUAUUUCCACUUUUUGGGGCUAUUUUUCUUCCUAAUGAUGUAGAAAUUGAAAAAAAUGAAAGAAAAGAUGAAGUAAUUGAAAGGCAUUUAGCUACAAUGCAUUCUGUUGCCCCUAUAAUUGAUUUGGCUAUCGAGGAUGCUUAUAAUCGUUUCUUAUUAAAAUGGACAAAUAAUCCAAAAUGGCUAGUUAUAGGCCAAACAAAGUCUAUCCUUCAAUGCCAUGCACAACGUCAUGCAGCUUGGGCUGUAUUAGAAGCUUUGCAAUGGAAUAAUAAUAAAGGGAUUAAUGUUGCUUUUGGUCCGGCUUGUGAUUAUUUAGUUGCUACAAUUAUGCGAAUUCUUAGCUACAAAAAAAUUCCCAUAAUUACAAAUUCACAUUCUAGGUUUUUACCAAAAAUAUAUUUAAUUAUUUUUCAAUUUAUUUUUCUAGUGAAUUUUUUAAAGAAGAGAAAAACACAACUUUAG